CUAGGAGCUGGACCGGCCACACCACCCCUCUGGUGACCGGGCCCCGGUGCGCUGGUCCAUGCUGGUCCCCGCCUUUGUUCUCGGGCCGGAGCGGGGACAUGCACGGCUGACGAUGGAAGUGGAGGACUCGGGCGGCGUGGUGUUGACCGCCUAUCACUCGUACGCUCGCUCUCAGCCGCCCAGCUCCGAGCCGCGCUGUGCGCCCAGGGCCGCCGCCAGCCACCCGGGCAGCAGAAAAUCUAUUCCUCGCUGCCGAAGAAUUAACAGAAUGCUCUCCAAUGAGUCCCUACAUUCGCCUGCAUUUAACCGUUCCAACUCACAAGCCUCCAUAGACAGCACCUCCAUGGAGGACUUCUUGCGGGAAAUAGAAAGCAUUAAAGAGAGUAGCAUGAGAGCACAGGAAGAGCAGAUACCAGCUGAGGUCAAGCCUGUGGAUGAAGGAGAACUCGAAGCAGAGUGGUUGCAAGAUGUGGGUUUAUCAACCUUGAUCUCGGGUAAUGAAGAGGAGGAUGGCAAAGCCUUGCUCUCUACGCUGACUCGAACCCAAGCAGCUGCAGUGAAAAAGAGAUACAAUACUUACACUCAAACCAUGAGAAAAAAGAACAAGCAAUCUGUUAGGGAUGUCAGAGACAUCUUUGGAGUCAGCGAAUCUCCUCCAGAUGAUUUUUGUUGUAUCCCAGCUCCUCUUUUGGAAAUGAUCCUGGAUGAAGAAGUGAUAUCAGCAAUUCCCUGCAGAAAUGGUCAACUGCCAGGUGAUACCUGUGACAAUCAUACUGCUCAGUUGGAUGGUCCCCAGGAGGAAAAAGAGCUGCCAGGAGUUAUGAAAACAAGUGAUUCCUUGCCAGAUGAUGCUUCUCUCAACAGUACCGCCCUGUCGGAUGGGUCCCCAGAUGAAGAAGGGAGUUUUACAGUUCCCAGGAGUGGCUCUGUGUCUAUACUUGAGACCAUUCCAGCUCUACCAGUUCAUUCCAAUGGAUCUCCAGACCCUGGACAGUCAGUUCAGAAUGCAGUGAGUGAUGAUGUUUAUCUGGAAAAGAACAUUCCACCAGAAACUGAAGAGCUGUCCUUCGAAGUAUCUUAUUCAGAAAUGGUUACAGAGAUUCCAAAAAGAAACAAAUUUAAGAAGUCCGAAUUUAAGAAAGAGGACUUCGCCUUAACUAAAUUUAUUGUCCAGAAAACCAGAUUCGGUCUAACUGAAGCAGGAGACCUGUCUUCUGAAGAUAUGAAGAAGAUCCGCCAUCUGUCUCUGAUUGAACUGACUGCCUUUUUUGAUGCCUUUGGAAUCCAGCUGAAAAGAAACAAAACUGAGAGAGUAAAAGGACGAGACACUGGGAUUUUUGGAGUUCCGCUCACAGUCCUAUUGGACAAUGACCGAAAGAAGGAUCCUGGAGUGAAGGUUCCCCUGGUGUUGCAAAAAUUUUUUGAGAAAGUUGAGGAAUCAGGCCUGGAAUCUGAAGGAAUUUUUCGACUUUCUGGAUGUACCGCCAAAGUCAAGCAAUACCGUGAAGAACUGGAUGCCAAGUUUAAUUCUGAUAAAUUUAAAUGGGACAGAAUGUGCCAUAGAGAAGCUGCAGUAAUGUUGAAAGCAUUUUUCAGAGAACUACCCACCUCUCUCUUCCCCGUGGAAUAUAUACCUGCCUUCAUCACUCUAAUGGAAAGAGGGCCUCCCAUCAAAGUACAGUUUCAAGCUUUACACCUCAUGGUCAUGGCACUGCCCGAUGCCAACAGGGACACAGCUCAGGCCCUCAUGACAUUCUUCAAUAAAGUGAUUGCCAACGAAUCAAAAAACCGAAUGAGUGUAUGGAACAUUUCUACUGUAAUGGCACCAAACCUUUUCUUCAGUCGAAGCAAACAUUCUGAUUAUGAAGAACUACAGUUAGCAAACACUGCAGCCCACAUCAUCCGCCUAAUGCUUAAAUACCAAAAGAUUCUGUGGAAGGUUCCAUCUUUCCUAAUCAUGCAAGUCAGAAGAAUGAACGAAGCUACGAUGCUGUUAAAGAAGCAGCUCCCAAGUGUCAGAAAGCUGCUGAGGAGGAAGACCAUAGAACGAGAGGUUAUAAGCCCCAAGACUUCAAAGGUACUACAAAAAUCACCCUCUUCAAGAAGAAUGUCUGACGUGCCGGAAGGAGUCAUAAGGGUCCAUGCUCCACUUCUCUCUAAGGUGUCCAUGGCCAUUCAACUCAAUAGUCACACCAAAGCCAAAGACAUACUGGCAAAAUUUCAAUAUGAGAACAGUUAUGGUUCAUCAGAAUGCAUUAAGAUUCAGAACCAACGGUUAUAUGAAAUUGGAGGAAAUAUAGGGCAGCAUUGCUUGGAUCCAGAUGCUUAUAUAUUGGAUGUAUAUCAUGUCAAUCCUCAAGCAGAGUGGGUGAUUAAACCCCAACCAAGUUUUUGA